AUGGAACUAGUUUAUUUGUUAAUAUGUUCUGUUCUUUGGUUAUCCUACGAACUAUAUGGGUAUUUAACUGUUCCGGUGUUAGAGAUUGUUAAUUUCUUGAAAGUGAAAACACCAUAUGCGACAAAAGUAUCUAUUGAUAGAAUUGGUAAACAUUCUAUUACAAUACAUUGGGAGAAUGAACCUGAAUUUAAGAGAAAGGAUAAUACAGAUGGGAAUGCAGAAUUAGAUGAUGGCGGGAAGAUAUCCCACUAUCUGCUGUAUUUGAAUAAUAAACAAUUGUGUAUUUUUUCAAAUGCAUCCGAUGCAAUGUACACAUGUUGUUCGAUUAAUGGUUUAAUUGCCAAUGAAGAGUAUAGAUUAGACUUCAUUACUGUGAAUAAACUUGGAUUCAUUAAUCGAUUACCAACAAUAUAUUGCAUGACCAAAGAUGAAAAUUUUAAUGAUUUUAGUAACAAAAUUGAAAAAACUACAAAUAACAAUUGGAAACGAAACGCUACGAUUUUAAUUGACAGCAGCCCUUCAGGGUCUGCAUCUUCUGAAAACAAUAAUCAUGAAAAUGAUAAUAAUGACACAAAUAACCCUAAUAGUUUUCAGCAUUUAAAUGAAAAUAUUCCAUCUUAUAACAGAUUAAUGAACUUAGAAGAUCUGGAGGAUUUGACUAUUCCUGAAUUACGGAGAAUUUUAAUAUCCUCUCAAGAAGAUCUCCACCAUAUAACCUCUCAAAGAACCAGAAUCCUUGAAGAUUUCCAUGAUACGAAAAUGCAAUUAGAACAAGAACUAGAAAGUUUAAGGACUAACUGGCAUCAUGAAAUGGAAUUAAGAAAAUCGUUAAAAUUUAAUAUAAAAUCUCUAGAAAAUUCAAAAGCCUUGCAUGAGCUCAAAUUAAAUAAGCUUCAUAAGAAUAUUACAAUUUCAAAAGAAAAGAGCCAGAAAAUGGAAAAAGAUAUGUUACGUUGGGAAAAUGAUGCAUCAAAUUUAGAUGAUCUAAAUAAAACAUAUUCAGAAAAAAAUUUGGUUAUUAAAAAUGAUAUUGAACAAACUAUAAAAAAAAUUAAUUUAUUAGAGAAUGAAAUCGCUGAUUAUGAAUUGAUUAACAAAAAUCUGAAUAAAUCUAACAAUAAAAUGCUGAACAAGAAAGAACUAAAGGAAAUAUUGAAAGAACUAGAUGCAUCUAUUUCGGAUGAAACAGGUUUGCUAUCAUCCGAUGGACAAAUUAUUUUAUCAAAAUUAACCAAUUCUUCAAGUUUUUAUAAUUUGAUUACUGAUCAAUUAAAUACGGAUUCCAAGUUGAAUUCCAUUUGGAACAGUAAGCAAAAAGAUUAUAUGAAAAGGCUUGCUAUUUUAAAUCUAAAUUACAAGCAAGUUUGUUUAACAAACUCACAAUUGAGAUCUAAAAUAAUGAUAAAUCCAUAUUCUCAAAAUGGUAACAUUACUUCCCAACAAUCUAGGAAGUCUAUUUCUUCAUCAAACGUGAACAGCAACGUUAACUCGAAUUCAAAUAUAGCAUUGAAUAAUUCGGAAAAUGAAUCCACUAAACUAACUGGUUUGGGUAUUAUGGAAAAUUCAGACGUGACAUUGCAAACAGCAGAAUCAUUCUCUAACACCAUAUCUAAUACUUUAGGUACUGAUUCACAAACACAAUCAAAAGACUCGAGAAGAGAAUUUUUAUUAUCUUCACAACUAAAUAAUUCCAUCAAUGGCCAGUUCAAUCAGUACAGUAUACCAACUACUGCUACUAUUACCGCUAAUGCUACUGCUGUCAAGAGUAGUUCACUUUCAGGCAUAGCAUCUGAUUUAUUAGUGGAUGAUCUAUCCAAUCAAAGAAACACUUUUGUUGAAGAAACUAAUAAUGAGAGCAAGAAAGACAUGGUUAAUGGUCAAAAGUUUGAAUAUGAAAAUAAUUAUCAUGUAAUUACAGGUUUGCAAGAUUUGGUAUAUGAGGACACCGAUAAUGAAGACAAAAUCAGCAACUACUCGAAAGGUUUUACUACAGAUCAAUUGGAUAACUACUGGUUCAAUGCUAAAGAUAGGCCAAAAGAAUUUAUGAGACCGAGCAUAACAAAUUCUUUCCCAAUGACCCCAUCUCCUCAUCAAACAGCAUUUGCAUUCAGUAAUGCUAACGACUUUAUUUCGCCCAUCUCCUCUAACACCAUGCCCUUUAAUUCCUACAUUAGAAACGUCUCAUCGAAUUCGAACACUGCUAACAAUAUGUAUCAUCCGGCCAAUAAUCUUUCCUCAGGGAAUCUAUUUAUGUCGGGAUCCAUGGGAGAUAACAUAAGUAGUCAACCAUACCGUGAUCCUAUGCUUUUAUCGAAUCCAAAUAUAUUCCAAGGCCCGUCUGAAACCGCAGGGUUACUCUCAUCAUCGGUUCCUCCAAUUAGCGACAUGGCUAUGUUCAAUCCAUUACAAGACAAGAAUAGUUUGAUGUUAAAUGGAGACGACAAUGAGUUCAUCGACGGGUAUCCCUUGCAGUCAUCUAAUUCGAUAACCAUUGGAUCCCGUUCCAGAUCUCAAACGAAUGGUCAAUCUUCGAAUAACCUAAUAUGGAACCCUUCCAAUGAAAGUGAAAAGAGCACCACUGAUAAGAAGAACCCAAGUGUCAAGAAGAAAAAGAAAAAGUUCUUCAAAAAGUAA